AUGGUUGCGAAAUUUAAUUUGAGAACACAUUCCGUUUUUCCUCCAUGGACCAUGGAAAGGAUUCAUAAUGAGGCUAUCGACAAUCUAAGUUUGCAUUGGUUGGAGCUUUUAGUUUCUUUUGAUCUGGUGAAUCUAGCAGAGUCUCAGUUUGACUUUCCAGUCACUCCGAGAGCAUUCUUAUUCAGAUGCUUUGAGCAUAUUGAUAGAGCACCACUCUCAUAUUAUGAAGUCAAUAACAUGCUCUUCUCGUUCUACAUCAAAUUCAGAUUUGGAGCUUGCAAAAUUUGGCUGCAGUCAAGUUUUAUGCAACUUUUCCGGUUGAGAACUUCACAAAUGUCAUGUUUAAUGGUUUCAGAGGAUCAAGUCGUAUCGAAGUCGAGUUCACUCUUGCAGAUUUUCCAUGUAUGA